UCAUGGGAUUGCAAUGGCGUCUGUCUGUACGCAGUGUUGACGUGCUCAGUGUCGUAUUUUCAGAGGGAUUUUCUUUACUUUAUUAAACAUUAUUGUUCUUUGACCACAGCAAUGUGACCAGAUUUAGUGGACGGAGUUCACCGAGCGCUGGAGGGAGCAGUGCUAACCUACGUUGGUGGGUUACUACUGUGGUAACCAAAUAGGCCCUGCAGUCAGACCAAUGGGUUCUUCACACCUCAGUUCUAAAUAGAUAAGGACCUUCACAUUUUGCCCUACUACAGCAAAGGACCAUAUACCCUCUAGGAAGAUGGAGGAUGACGCCUCGCUGCAUCGUCUGGAGGGCAGUGACCCAGGUGCUCAGGUUGGAGGGCUAAUGGUAAAGAAGAAAAGUGCUGCGGUGGAGCAGCACGUAUUCCGAGCCCCGGCACCACGAACAUCUCUCCUCGGCCUGGAUCUGCUGGCUGCUCAGAAACGCAAGGAGCGGGAGGGGAAGGAGCAGCUGAACUCGGACCUUGAUGACCAGAGGUCAAAGAAGUCCAAGGUGUCUUCCUAUAAAGACUGGGAGGAGGGGAAAAGUGACUCUGGGUCCGAUGAUGAUGAUGAGGGGGGUAAAAGCAAGAACGGGAGAAAGGAGAGCCGCAAGUACCGAACGGCUGGCUCAGAAACACCUUCCAACCCUGGAGGGGUUAGUGAGGAGUUCCGGCAGAAACAUCAACAAAGGGAAAAAGACCGUUGGGAACAUGGAGUAUAUGCGUCAUCCAAAGAGGACAAAAGCAGGGACAGAAACAGAGAAAGAAGCAAAAACACAGAGCGGGACCGGGACAGAGAAAGAGACAAAGAACGAAAGAGUGAUCGAGAUGAUCGAGAGCGAAGCCGCAGCCGGGGUUCCAGCAGCAGUCGUUCAGAGCACGGGGACGGCAGUGUUCGGAGCGAGCGCUCUCAGAGGGAUGGCUGGUCAGAGCGCAUCAGCCGCGGGAGCCGCAGGGAUGAGCCUGAGAGUCCUCGCCAUCGGCCCAGAGAUGCUCCAACACCGUCCCGCUCCAGCUGGGACGAAGACGACAGUGGCUAUGCCAGCUCACGACGCUCCCACUGGGAGAGCCCCUCUCCUGCCCCUUCACACCGGGAGUCUGAUCGCUCGGAGCGCAGCUAUCGCUCCUCCCGUGACAGCGAGAGGAGAGACAAGUCAGUGAGGGCUCGUUAUCCAGAGGACACUCCUCUGCCCACACCCUCGUACAAAUACAACGAGUGGGCUAAUGACAGGAAGCAUCUAGGCUCCACUCCUCGUCUCUCUAGAGGGAAAGGUAGAAGGGAAGACGGAGAGGAUGGCAUCACUUUUGACAACGAAGAGGAGAAGGAGCAGUGGGAGGAAGACCAGAGGCAAGCUGACAGAGAUUGGUACAUGAUGGAUGAGGGCUAUGAUGAGUUCCACAACCCCUUGACUUCAAGCUCAGAUGAAUACGUGAAGAAGAGAGAGCAGAUCUUACAGAAGCAGACCCAGAAACGAAUAUCUGCCCAGAAAAGGCAGCUCAAUGAGGAUAAUGAACGUUGGGAGACAAACCGAAUGCUAACCAGCGGUGUGGUGCAGCGGUUGGAAGUGGAUGAGGACUUUGAAGAAGACAAUGCGGCCAGAGUCCACUUGCUCGUCCACAACCUAGUUCCUCCUUUCCUAGAUGGCAGAAUUGUCUUCACCAAGCAGCCUGAGCCAGUCAUUCCGGUGAAAGAUCCCACCUCAGACAUGGCCAUCAUCUCCCGCAAGGGAAGCCAGCUGGUCCGCAAACACAGAGAGCAGAAGGAGCGCAAGAAGGCUCAGCACAAACACUGGGAGCUUGCCGGUACCAAGCUUGGAGACAUUAUGGGCAUUAAGAAAGAGGAAGAUGGUUCUGAAGGCAAACAUGUUGGAGAGGAUGGUGCUGUGGACUACAGGGCAGAGCAGAAGUUUGCUGACCACAUGAAAGAGAAGAGCGAGGCCAGCAGUGAGUUUGCUAAGAAGAAGACUCUGCUGGAACAGAGGCAAUUUCUGCCCAUCUUUGCUGUCCGGCAACAACUACUCAACAUCAUCAGAGACAACAGCAUUGUAAUAGUAGUGGGUGAGACAGGCAGUGGGAAGACCACCCAGCUGACACAGUACCUGCACGAGGACGGCUACACCAGUUACGGCAUGGUGGGUUGCACACAGCCACGCAGAGUGGCAGCUAUGAGUGUGGCCAAGAGGGUCAGCGAGGAGAUGGGCAGCAACUUGGGAGAGGAGGUUGGUUAUGCUAUCCGUUUUGAAGACUGUACCUCAGAGAAGACGAUGAUUAAGUACAUGACUGAUGGGAUCUUGUUGCGAGAGUCUCUGCGCGAGUCAGAUUUGGACCACUACAGUGCCGUCAUCAUGGACGAGGCUCACGAGCGUUCCCUCAACACGGAUGUGCUCUUCGGUCUGCUCCGAGAGGUCGUGUCCAGACGUUCCGAUUUGAAGCUCAUUGUCACGUCUGCCACCAUGGACUCGGACAAAUUUGCGGCGUUCUUCGGAAACGUUCCCAUCUUUCACAUUCCUGGAAGGACAUUCCCUGUGGACAUCUUGUUCAGUAAGACUCCUCAGGAGGACUAUGUGGAGGCUGCAGUGAAGCAGGCUUUGCAGAUCCACCUUAGCGGAAUGGUGGGAGACAUCCUCAUCUUCAUGCCUGGUCAGGAGGACAUCGAGGUAACGUCAGAUCAGAUCGUAGAGCGUUUGGAAGAUCUGGAGAACGCUCCCUCCCUUGCAGUUCUGCCCAUCUAUUCUCAGCUGCCCUCAGACCUGCAGGCCAAGAUCUUCCAGAAGGCCCCGGACGGUGUGAGGAAAUGCAUUGUCGCUACCAACAUCGCAGAGACCUCUCUGACUGUCGAUGGGAUCAUGUUUGUUGUGGAUUCUGGGUAUUGCAAACUUAAGGUGUUCAACCCACGCAUAGGUAUGGAUGCUCUGCAGGUUUACCCCAUCAGCCAGGCCAAUGCCAACCAGCGUGCUGGCAGAGCUGGGAGGACAGGGCCAGGCCAGUGCUACAGGUUAUACACUCAGAGUGCCUUCAAGAACGAAAUGCUGACCACCACCAUUCCAGAGAUUCAGCGCACCAACCUGGCUAACGUGGUGCUGUUGCUGAAGUCUCUGGGGGUGCAGGACUUGCUACUCUUUCACUUCAUGGACCCGCCGCCCGAAGACAACAUGCUCAAUUCCAUGUACCAGCUGUGGAUCCUGGGAGCUCUGGACAACACAGGUGCUCUGACACCCACUGGGCGGCUUAUGGUGGAAUUUCCUCUGGACCCAGCACUGUCCAAGAUGUUGAUUGUGUCCUGUGAUAUGGGCUGCAGUGCCGACAUCCUCAUCGUAGUCUCUAUGCUGUCUGUGCCAACCAUUUUCUACAGGCCCAAGGGCAGAGAAGAGGAGAGUGACCAGGUGAGGGAGAAGUUUGCUGUCCCUGAGAGCGAUCACCUGACCUACCUCAACGUCUACCUGCAGUGGAAGAACAACAACUAUUCCAGCAUCUGGUGUAACGAGCACUUCAUCCACACCAAGGCCAUGCGCAAAGUGCGGGAAGUGCGAGCACAGCUCAAAGACAUCAUGGUGCAGCAGAAAAUGAACCUGACUUCUUGUGGCUCUGACUGGGACGUGAUCAGGAAGUGCAUAUGUGCAGCCUAUUUCCACCAGGCUGCAAAGCUGAAGGGUAUCGGGGAGUAUGUGAACGUACGAACAGGGAUGCCUUGUCACCUUCAUCCCACCAGCUCUCUCUUUGGCAUGGGCUACACCCCUGACUACAUCACCUACCAUGAGCUGGUCAUGACCACCAAGGAGUACAUGCAGUGUGUAACAGCGGUGGACGGCGAAUGGCUGGCGGAGUUGGGCCCGAUGUUCUACAGCAUCAAACACGCCGGGAAGAGCAGACAGGAGAACCGCCGGAGAGCCAAGGAGGAAAUCUCCAACAUGGAGGAGGAGAUGUCGCUGGCCGAACAGCAGCUGCGUGCGCGGAAAGAGGAGCAGGAGAGGAAAAACAACAUUGGCAGUGCGAGGUCAAUAAAGAUCUGCACUCCGGGCAGAAGGGAAGAUGUGCCCAUGACUCCAAAGCGGACUCCUGCACGUUUUGGCCUUUAG